AUGCAGUACGAUUUUAUUGGAUUUAUCGCAGCUAUAUUGAUUGCUGGCGGUGGUGCAUAUGGAUAUUUCAAAUCUGCUAUUGGUGCAUAUUUAAAUUCACGUUCGGGAUCGCCACCAAAGCCUCUUCUUGAAUUUUGUGUGCUCUUAAUUUUGGCCGGAUUAAUGGGAUAUCGUUGGUAUAAUGGAUCAUUUGUACCAGCUGGAAUUGUGACUUGCAUUGCCGCUGGAGCCUUUGUAAUUAACAUGUUCAUUUAUUACGAUGAUCUUCACGCACAACUUUUCUAA